GAAGAAUUGAAACAGUUGGGGGUAACCAGUUUUACCAAAAUAACACACCCAUUCGCCCCAGGAACGGUAGAUCCUCUCUCUCUCUCUCUCUCUCUCUCUCUCUCUGUUGUUGCAAUUUCUUUCUGGCUUCGGCGUCCACGAUUUUUACCCAAUUCUCCUUCGCUAUUAAUCCUCUGUCCUCCUCCUCUUCAAUCAUAGGUACUCCGGGAAGUUUUGGUUUGUUUAAGGGGCUGGAUGCUGAUGGUGGAUACAGUUCUGUAUGCUAGAAACAGACAACAGUUGCUUCGUGAGGUGACAUUCUAAUAUUGGAAAGGACCAGAGUCCAUGAUGAUUAUUCAUUUUUGAAUUUGUUUCUUCACACUGGCAAUCCUUAGGACUGACAGAUGGCUCUUUAUAAUGAGGAAGAGAAGACUGAGGAUUACCUUUUCAAGAUUGUUUUAGUUGGUGAUUCAGCUGUUGGGAAAUCAAAUUUACUUGCAAGAUUUGCCAGGGAUGAGUUUUAUCCUAAUUCAAAAUCAACUAUAGGAGUAGAGUUCCAAACUCAGAAAAUGGAUAUUAAUGGAAAGGAAGUUAAAGCACAAAUAUGGGACACAGCUGGGCAGGAGAGGUUCAGAGCCGUUACAUCUGCAUAUUAUAGGGGUGCAGUUGGAGCACUUCUGGUCUAUGACAUUAGCAGGCUCCAAACGUUUCAUAGCAUUGGCCGAUGGCUUAACGAACUUCAGACUCACUCUGACAUGAACGUUGUCACAAUACUUGUUGGGAACAAGUCAGAUCUUAAGGAUGCGAGAGAGGUGUCUACUGCUGAAGGGAAGGCCUUAGCUGAGGCACAGGGUUUGUUCUUCAUGGAAACAUCAGCUCUUGAUUCAUCAAAUGUAGCAGCUGCUUUUCAAACAGUUGUAAAAGAGAUCUACAACAUAUUAAGCAGGAAGGUGAUGAUGUCUCAAGAGCUCAAGAAAGAGGAUGCUGCCCGUAUUGAAAAUGGGAAAACUGUUGUUCUACAAGGGGAAGGGGAAGGGGACCGAGAAGCAGAUGCCGAGUCGAAAAAGGGUUGUUGUUCGUCUUAGGUUUGAUACUUGUUGGCUUCAAACUUUUUAUUAUAAUUAUUCAACCAAUGUGAAAAUACCACUCAUACUGUAGAUUUAUCUUUUAAUGUUCACUGAACGAGAUUUUGGAGUUGAACUUGU